AUGGCGACAAAAGUUGGGAAAGAUGGCAAAAAGCCAGCGUCCGCGGCAACCAACUUGAUCGGUGAGCCCCAGCCCAUGGCCGCAUCCCCGGCCCGGGUGCUGGUGUGCCCCAUACUAACUCGACGGGUCGAUUCACAGCUGGCGGAGGUGCUGGUGCGCAUGCAGCUGUCGCGGCGCGGCCGAGAACCGGGAAUGCCCAAGCGCGGCUUCAUAGCGACCGGUCUCGAAAUCGUGCGCAAGGAGACGCCGCUCGGACUAUACAAGGGACUCGGUGCCGUGUUGACGGGCAUCGUGCCCAAGAUGGCCAUCCGCUUCACCUCGUUCGAAUGGUACAAGCAAGUGCUCGCGCACAAGGACACGGGCGUCGUCUCGGGCCAGAGCCUCUUUCUGGCCGGCCUCGCCGCGGGCGUCACCGAAGCCGUGGCGGUGGUGACCCCGAUGGAAGUGGUCAAGAUCCGGCUGCAAGCGCAGCACCACAGCAUGGCCGACCCGCUCGACAUACCCAAGUACCGCAACGCGGCGCACGCGCUGUACACCAUCGUCAAGGAGGAAGGCGCCGGGGCGCUGUACCGCGGCGUGUCGCUCACGGCGCUGCGCCAGGGCAGCAACCAGGCCGUCAACUUCACCGCCUACACCUACUUCAAGGAGUGGCUGUACCAGUGGCAGCCCGAGUACCGCGGCGCCAGCCUGCCCAGCUACCAGACCACCCUGAUCGGCCUGGUCUCGGGCGCCAUGGGCCCCCUCAGCAACGCCCCCAUCGACACCAUCAAGACCCGCCUGCAGAAGAUGCGCGCCGAGGAGGGCACCUCCGCGCUGCAGCGCAUCACCAGGAUCGCCGGCGAUAUGUUCAAGUGCGGCAUCACGCCGCGCAUCAUGCGCGUCGCGCCCGGCCAGGCCGUGACGUUUACCGUCUACGAAUACCUCAAGGAGAAGCUCGAGAAGAGUGGGCCGGCCGUCCUGACGGGGGGAAGGUACGAGGAAUAA